CCGACCUGAGAUGACGUCACGCGGCUUCGGUCUGUUUACGGCUCGGUAACCAUAGCAACGAGGUGCCGGGUGAAGCUUCGGGAACGCACGGCGAGGUGGUUCUGGUCCGAGACGAGAAUCCUGAAGCAGAACGGAUAAUAAAACCACGAUGACGUCGUCGCUCUGCCGCGUGGUGAAGAUCAACCGGGGGUCCGGCAGGACGACGCCCGACCUCCGCAACCAAUCAGACGCGAGCGUGACGUCGAGCACGUGACCGGCUUCCUGCUGCUUCCACGACUUUCUCCGACUCCUGGACCGCUCGGUCCGUGUGGACGACAUGUCGGAGGAGGGUCUCCGGCCCGGAGCGCCGGUCGCCGCUCGGGACCGUGAGACGACGUCAUCGCUCGAAUCGCUCCACCUCGGGGACCGGGCGGGGGUCAUCGGCCCCGUGGAGGAUGACCCUGAGCCUCUUCCUGAACUUCCUGUGACGUCAUCGCCGCGGCAGACGGACACAUCGUGGCCUUCAGACGCCCGCCGGCCGGAGAUGGUCCCACACGACGCUCCGCCUCAGUCCUGCAGCCCGGCGGCGUUCCCGCAGGACGUUUUUCCCUCCGCCGUCCGCCACGAGGACCGGUUCGCUGCACUGAGAGACGCCGGCGGGACAGAAGGAGAAUCUCAACCCAAGAGCAACAGAACCAGAACAAUGGCCGCAUGCGACGGCAGCUGUGGGGACGACCACCUGGCCGACGCCGAGUGGUACUGGGGGAACACCUCCAGAGAGGAAGUGAACGAGAUGAUGAGGAACACUCCGGAUGGAAGCUUCCUGGUCCGAGAUGCUUCCAGUAAAGUGAAGAAGGAAUACACACUCACACUGAGGAGCGGCGGCUCCACCCGGCUGGUAAAGAUCCUCCACCUCGGGGGCCGCUUCUCGCCGGCCUUGGCUCCCGGGUGGGUGUCCCGGUGGUUCCGGAGGGGGUCUGCGGCGGGCCCUGGCCUGGAUGAUCCCUCCUCGGGGGGGCCGCUCGUUCUCGCCGCCCCGGGCGGCUCCGUGGCGGAGCUGGUCCGGUUCUUCCGGAGCGAGUCUCUGGCCCGGUACAACGUGAGCCUGGACACGCGGCUGCUCCACCCCGUCAGCAGGUACCGGCAGGUGGGCGUCGACCUCGAGGCCGUCGGAGAACAGCUGAGGAGAUUUCAGGAUCAAUACCGAGAGAAGAGCAGCGAGUAUGACCGACUGUUCGAGAAGUUCAACCAAACCUCUCAGGAGCUGCAGAGCAAGCGGACGGCCAUCGAGGCGUUCAGCGAGAUCAUCCGGAUCUUUGAGGAGGAAACGCAGGAACGCUGCAGCAAGGAGGACAUCGACAUGUUCCUCACAGCGGACACGCAGACAGACAGGAUUCAGACCAGCUCAGAGGAGCUGCAGUCGCGGGUGGAGGAGAUCCACAGCAGCAGGAGGCGGUUGGAGGAGGACCUGAGGAGGAAGGCGUUGGCCCACAUGGAGGUGGACCAGAAGAUGGACCUCCUGAAGCCCGACCUGCUGCAGCUCCGCAAGAUCAGAGACCAGUACCUGCUAUGGCUCACCCAGCAGGGCACCAGACAGAGUCAGAUCAAUGAGUGGCUGGGUAUCAGGAAUGAGGAAGAAGACCCGUACACUGUGGCCGACGAGCAGGAGGAGAGCAGCUGGUACGUCGGUGCGAUGAGGAGGAAGGAGGCCGAGGAGCUGAUGAGGGGGAGGAGGGAUGGGACCUUCCUCAUCAGAGACAGCCAGACGCAGAGGGGCUGCUACGCCUGCUCCGUGGUAGUGGACGGGGACGUGAAGCACUGCGUGAUCUACAGAACCUCCUCCGGGUUGGGCUUCACCGAGCCCUUCGACCAGCACCCGUCGCUCAGGGAGCUGGUGCUGCACUACCGACACACGUCGCUACGGCAACACAACCAGCAGCUGGACGUGAGGCUGGCGUGGCCCGCGCUGCGCCCGCAGGAAGGAUGAGGCUCAGCUGCAGCUGGGGCGCCAGGGUGCCAGCCUUCACUCGUUCCACCUCAGAAGCCCCAACGUGGACGCUGUGGCUCUGACAAAGUACUUUCAUACUUCAGUGCUCAGAUCACACACACACACACACACACACACACACA